AUGAGGAUGAAAACUAUUGUUAGCCCUGGACGAGAGAUGACAAAGCUCCAUUGUUGUCUCUUCCCCGAUGACUAUGAAUUUGAGAGAGAGACAUUAGUCCAGUUAUGGAUGGCUGUGGGGUUUUUAAGAGAUAAGCACACGGAAGAUGCUGGAAACUUAAAAUUUGAUGCUCUUUUAGAGGGACAAUACAUCUUACCAGCAAGAGUUGAUAUUUUGACUGCAAAAAGUAAGUACAAAGUUAAUUAUGACAAGGUCACCACUCUUCUAAAUGGGAUGCUAACAAUCCAAAAUAAGGAUUUGCGUGCCAUGUUAGAAGAUGAAAAUGCAUAUGUUAUUGGAUCUAAGUUUUGGCAUGUCUCAAUAGUGUCUAAUCACAUUGAUCAAGGAACGUUUGAGACACUAAAGACUUUCAAUGAAGUGAGGACACUUUUAUUGGUUCGCGAUUAUGACUCUUCUCUCAAACAAAUACCAUCAGAUUUGUUUUUAGCUCUAAAGUCCAUACAGGCACUUGAUUUGAGUGGAAGUCAUAUAACUGAGCUGCCAAGUUCUAUAGGUAAUCUAAUACAAUUAAGUUACCUUGAUCUUUCAUUUACACUAAUUGAGAGUUUACCUGAGUCCAUUGAUCGACUUCAUCAACUGCAAACCUUGAAACUUGAAUGGUGUAGGCAUUUAUACAUCCUUCCGGAUGGAAUGAAAGAGCUUGUUGGCCUUCGCUAUUUAUAUUUUGAUGUUUUGGGCCAACUAACAAUCAUGCCCAAAGGUAUAGGAGCUCUUACUGAGCUUCGCACACUAUCAGCAUUCAUUGUAGACUCAGGAGAGGGUUGUAGCAUUAGAGAACUCCAGCACAUGAAUAACCUUAAAGGAAGUUUUUGUAUCUCUGGGUUGGAAAAUGUGACUCAGCGCGAGGCCCGGGAAACAACUUUAUCUGAUAAAAAAUAUCUUACUCAGUUACAACUAAGAUGGAAUGACUUCAAAUCAUACAGUGUACAAGAUCUACGCUGCAUGUAUUGGACUACUCAUUAUCUUAAGCCAAACUUAUGUUUGGAAGAGUUGCAGGUGUUAUAUUAUCCCGGCUUAAAUUUACCAGCUUGGAUGGGCUCUCCAGAGUAUGAGAGGCUUGUUAGUAUAACCCUCCUCAAGUGUGCAAUAAAAGAGCUUCAAAUUAGAUUAGGGGAGUUACCAAAUCUCAAGUAUUUGAAGAUUACUUUAAUGUACAAAUUGACAGACAUCAAUCGUUUGGUUCAUGCUAAGGAUGGUAUUGUCAGCUUUCCUAAAUUGGAGACGCUACUAAUUGAUGGCAUGCCUCAAUUAGACUCUUGGAUAAGAGUAACUUAUGAUGAUUUUCCACUUCUUUCGAAGCUUAUUGUAAAGCAAUGCCCCAAGCUGAGUGUGCUUCUGUUUCUUCCACAUCUCCGCUCCUUGAAGCAUCUAGAAAUAAGCCACUGCAAAGUGCUAAAAUCUCUGUCAGAUGGACCAGCAUUGUCAAAGUCGCUAGAAACUCUUGAAAUAGAUGCUUGUCCUUUGUUGAAAAAGAAAUGCAUGAAGGGAGGUGAAGGCUGGUUUGAGAUUGAACAUAUUCCAGAGAUAACAAUUGAUUUGAAAGACGUUCGUUCUAUUCAAGAAGAUGGAGCUGAUGAUGAUACUUCGUCUGCAGUUUCAUAUUCAGAUAGUGAUAAUGAUUAUGAGGGUUUAGAGAAUAAUGUCCAUCCAUAUGACUCCUGCAGUCCUGCUAGAGCUGACAUGGUCAUAUAUUUAUGA